AUGGAGCCGCUCCUGGACCACCUGGACCGUUUCUCCGAGGUGCUGGCGGUCGCGCGCACGGCCCACGUUGCCUCCUGGGACCCCGCCACCGUGCGCCGGGCCCUGGAGUGGGCGCGCUACCUGCGCCACGUCUACCGGCGCUUCGGCCGCCACGGGCGCAUCCGCGCGGCUCUGGAGAGGCGGCUGCAGCGCCCGGGGAGGCCGGCGGGCAGCGCCGUGCCGGGCGCCGCCCCGGGCCUGACGAGCUUCCAGUCCCUGGGGCGCUGCGACCUCCUGCUCGCCGCGGGUCUGCUGGAGAACCGCGCCCUCGGGGACGGGCGCCUGUGGGCGCGCCUGCCGCACGGCCACUUCCUGAAGGUGCUCGCGGCCGCCCUGCUGCUGCCGCCGCCCUCGCCUGCCCCACCCCAAGACGAGGGGUUGGAUCCGGCCCGCCCCAAAACACCUGCGGAGGGGAGGCUGGAGCUGGGCGCCUGGUUGCUAGGACAGUCAGACAUCAUGGUGGCCUUUUGUCGCACCCUCCCUGCCCGCCUUCUGGCUUCUGUGGCAGGCCGCCACCCAGCGCUCGCCCACGGUUAUUUGGGUCUGCUCACAGAAUGGGGUCGCCAUCUGCACUACGACCUCCAGAGAGGCCACUGGGUUGGAGCAGAGCCCCAGGAUCCGUCCUGGGAGGAGUUGUGCGACAGGUUUCAAAGCCUCCAGCAAGCCCCUCCACCCCUGAACGAUGAAGUUCUCACCACCCUGAAGGCCUGUAAGGCAGAGGAUGGAGAUUUUGAAGUCCCAGGUCUUAGCAUCUGGACAGACCUACUGGUGGCUCUUGACACUGCACUGGGAAAAGGACACGUUCAAGAUCUCAGCCCAGGCCCAAGGGCCCUCCACCCACUGUUCUCUUAAUUGUGCUCUUGAACAUGUGGUGUACAGAAUUAAAACUUUAAUGUUCUCACCAAA